CAUCCCCUCCAAUAAACCUAACCCUACACGAACAGCGGCAACAAUACUCUUCCUCUCAAUUUCCUCUGACACAACCUCUUUAAGGUUUACUAUAUAGUUUGUAUCGACUAUUAGAUUAGCUAGUAAAUACUAACAUGGAUCCAAGCAACCCGAACAACACAAACAACCCGAACAACCCGCCACAAACCCCGUGGACGCCCCCUGUUGAUCCGAUGUGGGCGAAUCCACAAUUUUCUUUUACAAGCUACAAUCAAGUUCCUAAUGCAUUCAACCAACUCCCUCAAACCCCAACUCCUAACGCGUUCACGCAACUCUCUCAAACCCCAAAUCCUAACGCGUUCACGCAACUCCCUCAAACCCCGCAACCUACUAGUUUAUUUCAACUUCAACAAAUCCAAUUUCAACAACAAUAUCAGCAACAACUUAAAACGCUCCAACAAAGCCAAAGUCGGCCUAUUCAUACGAAAGUCCAAUCGCAACCAACACCCGAUACCCCUUCGUUAGACGAUUUGGAUGACAUUGCCGUUGUACCCGAAACCCAACCUCAAAGUUCUAAGAAAACAUCUACAAAAAAGCGUUCAAAGAGGCCGGAACAAGAAAAUUUAACCACCGGUAGAGGUCAAACUUGGACAUCGAUCGAAGAGUUGGCGUUGGCAAGGGCGUGGACCAAUACGUCUACGUGUCCGAUCGUAGGUAAUAAUCAAACGUCUGGUAGUUUUUGGAAGGAGUUUUGCAACAAAUUUCAUGCUUUGAUGCAAAAAGAACCGUACCGAGAAGUGAACUCAAUGAGCUCAAAGUAUCGAGAGAUGAAUAAGAAGAUAUCGGCGUUUUGUGGUUAUUACAACAAUGCUCAUUCGAAUCGGCCAAGUGGGGCGAGUGAUGAAACGGUUUUUGCCAUAGCUAUGUCAAAAUACCAUACGAAAGAACGUAGUGCGUUCACAUACGUAGGGGCUUGGGAAAUCUUUAAAAAUUGUCCCAAGUGGGCACCGGUUCCUAAUGAGGUGGCAAGAGCAAAGAGGUGUAAAACAUUCAAGUCGAUAGAGCAUAGUGCUGGUGAUUCGGAUGUGCGUUACCAUAUUAAUAUAAAUGACGAACCCGAGUUUGACGAUGAAGUGACGGAGAUUCCGGAAUUGAAGCGCCCAAAGGGUAGAGACAAAGCAAAAAAGGAAGCGGCAGCCAAAAAUAAAGAGGCGUCGACAAAAAAUGAAACUCCUAGUGAAACGAAGGUGGAUAAGUUGAUGAACAAGUUCAUCGAAUUUAACGAAAUACAAGCGGCGAGACUUAAGUUGAAAGAAAAAGAAAUGCAAGAAGCGGCCGAUCGUGAAGACUUUAAGCUAAUGGCGAUAAACAUCGACUCGCUCCCGGAAAAAGAUAAAGAAGUGUUGCAAAAAAUGAAGGCGAAAAUUGCUCAAAAAUGUAGCAAAGAAAAAGAAGAAACAGGUUAUCCCACCACCAUGGCGUCACCAACUUCUUCCGACGAGAUCAACGAAUUUUUUUUGAACGUGGUGAUGGAAACGACACAAAUAAUUAUAGAGGAGGAAGAAACCUUGUCCAAACGGAGAAAACGACAACAAUGUUUAAAUAGGGAUCGUGAAGGUGCCCACGAUAGGUUGAUGGCCGAUUACUUUGCCGAAAACCCGGUAUACACGGAUGAAAUGUUUAGGCGUCGUUUCCGAAUGAGCCGUCGUCUUUUCUUACGUAUAGCCAACGAUUUGGCUAAUUAUGACCCAUUUUUCACAUUAAGAUGGGAUGCUACAGGUAAAAGGGGGUUUACCACUUUACAAAAGUGUACGUCGGCAAUUCGCCAAUUGGCUUACGGUACAAGUAGCGACAUGUGGGAUGAAUAUUUGAAGAUGUCUGAUAGAACUUCACGAGAGAGUUUGUAUCAAUUUUGCAAAGGGGUGGUCAAGCUAUACAGCAGGAAGUACUUACGAAGGCCAACAAAUAAUGAUAUUAUAAAGUUGUACCAGGCACACGAAAGUAAACAUGGUUUUCUUGGAAUGCUUGGUAGCAUAGAUUGUAUGCAUUGGCCUUGGCGUAAUUGCCCUAAUGCAUGGCGAGGUCAAUUUACUCGUGGUGAUCAUGGUCAUCCCACAUUAAUUCUAGAAGCCGUGGCAUCAAAUGAUCUUUGGGUUUGGCAUGCUUUCUUUGGUGUUCCUGGUUCGAAUAACGACAUUAACGUUCUUGGUCAGUCAGAUGUUUUCAAUGAUAUCAUUAAUGGUACGGGGCCUGAUUCUAGGUUUUCAGUUUCAGGAGUAGAAUACAAGCACGGGUAUUAUCUAGCUGAUGGAAUAUACCCAACAUACACAGCGAUUGUUAAAACUAUACCGUAUCCAGAAGAUGAAAAAAGAAAGAAAUUUGCAAAAUGUCAAGAAUCUGCUAGGAAAGAUGUUGAGCGUCUAUUUGGGGUUCUACAACAAAAAUGGCACAUAGUUGCAAACCCAGCACGAGCACUUGAACUCAAAACAUUGAGAUAUUGUAUGUAUGCUUGUAUCUUGCUGCAUAACAUGAUUAUCGAAGACGAAGGUAACGCCAUAUGUGAAUAUGAUCCUAACGACAUUCAUGAGAAUGUUGUACCAGUUGAUGAAGGGCAACAAGAAUCUAACAUGUGGGCGUUAUACAACGAGACUACGCAUAACCAUCUUCGUUCGGAUUUGAUUGAACAUGUUUGGCAAUUUGGUCGGGUUAACAACAACGAGUAGUUUUUCUCUUAAUUUAUAAUAUGUAGUUUAAAUUUGGAUGUUAUUUUUUUAUUAAUUUGAAUGUUAUGU